AUGGCUACCCGUCGCAUCGUCAAUGCUGAGAGGACUCUUCUGGAGAAGGAUGACCCCAUUGAGGAGAAGUCUAACAUUGCACCGGCUGUCCCAAAUGAUGUUAUCUUCAAGCUUCUCGCAUUCACUUUUGCCAUGAUUGUUGUCCCAAUCGGAGGCUAUUUUGUCACUGUGAAUACGGUGUUCAAGGGUACUGUUCAUUUCACACCUUCCUUUCUAUAUAUCCCUGGUUGCCUUGACCGUGGUCUGGUAUCAAGAGAAUACUCUAACAUGAAUACAGGCAAUGCUUCUUUUGCUGGAGGUUUUGCUGCUCUGUUGGCCAAUGUCGUCCUGGUGGGUUAUAUUAUUGUCGCUAUGAAGGAGGAUCAAUCAGAGACGACAGAGAAGAAGAAGCCAGAGAGCAAAAAGGAUAAAUAA